ACGUGCUCCUCCUGUCCUCCUCGCGGAACGUGCUUCCUGCUGUGGGGUCGACCAAGGCAUGGCAGCUCUGCUGAGACCAGCGCGCUGGCUUCUCCGCGCCGGGGCGGCCCCGCGCCUCCCGCUCUCCCUGCGUCUCCUCACGGGCGGCCCAGGCCGGCCGCACGCCGCCGCCUGUGUGCCCGCCGCUCGCGCGAGGCCAGCUGCCGGAGAGCUAGUCAGCCAGGCCAGGCAAUACGCUAUUGCUGCUGAAAAAAAGAAUUAUGUUCAAGAGGAGUCCAUGUCUGCUCAUAGAAGGAAUACCAGUCGAUUUGAUUGGGCUCUAAUGAGACUAGAUAAUUCUGUCCGAAGAACUGGCCGUAUCCCAAAAACACUUCUACAGAGAGUCUUUAAUAACACAUGCCACUCAGGUAGCCCUGGUAGUAAUCAAGCCUUGCUUCUACUGCGCAGCUGUGGUUCUCUCUUGCCUGAACUAAAGCUCUCAGAGCGAACAGAAUUUGUUCAUAGGAUAUGGGACAAACUUCAGAAAUUGGGUACUGUGUAUGAUGUAAGUCACUACAAUGCUUUACUUAAAGUCUAUCUUCAGAAUGAACAUAAAUUCUCACCAACUGACUUCUUGGCAAAAAUGGAGGAAGCAAAUAUUCAACCCAAUCGAGUGACAUAUCAGAGGUUGAUUGCUGCUUAUUGUAAUGUAGGAGAUAUUGAAGGUGCCAGCAAAAUUCUUGGAUUUAUGAAAAGCAAGGAUCUUCCAGUCACAGAGGCAGUAUUCAGUGCCCUUGUUACAGGGCAUGCAAGAGCUGGGGAUAUGGAGAAUGCAGAAAAUGUUCUCACAGUGAUGAAACAGGCUGGAAUUGAGCCUGGUCCAGACACAUACCUGGCAUUGUUGAACGCGUAUGCUGAGAAGGGUAACAUUGACCAUGUUAAGCAGACUUUGGAGAAGGUGGAGAAGUCUGAUCUUUGUUUUAUGGACCGUGAUUUAUUGCAAAUUAUCUUUAGCUUCAGUAAAGCUGGGUAUCCUCAGUAUGUCUCAGAAAUUUUGGAAAAAAUUACAUAUGAAAGAAGAUACAUUCCAGAUGCAAUGAACCUCAUUUUACUUUUAGUCACAGAAAACUUGGAAGAUACAGCAUUGCAAAUUUUAUUAGCAUGUCCUGUAUCAAGAGAAGACAGUCUGAGUGAUUUUGGAAGUUUCUUUUUACGGCACUGUGUGACAAUGAAUACGCCUGUGGAGAAGCUGAGAGACUACUGUAAGAAGUUAAAGGAAGCCCAGAUGCAUUCAUCUCCUUUGCAGUUCACACUGCAUUGUGCUUUAGCAACCAAAAAAGCCGGUUUGGCAAACGCUCUAAUGAAGGCUCUGAAGGAAGAAGGUUUUCCUGUCAGAACUCAUUAUUUCUGGCCAUUGAUAGUUGGACAUCAGAAGGAGAAAAAUGUUCAAGGUAUUAUUGAAGUCCUCAAAGGAAUGCAUGAAAUGGGAGUAAAUCCUGAUCAGGAGACUUACAUAAAUUAUGUGUUUCCUUCUUUUGAUAGUGUAAAGUCAGCCCGUGCUGCUUUGCAGGAAAAUGGAUGUCUACCUGAAAACAGUACAUUUUUGCAAGCUGAAUUGAGAAGUGAAGCUCUAAAUGGGAACUUAGACUUUGUUUUAUCAUUUUUGGAAUCAAAUACAUUGCCUUUCUCGAUUAAUUCUGUGAGAGGCAGCCUGAUUUUAGGCUUUAGGAGGUGUGUGGAUAUAAACCUUUGGAGCAAGAUAACAGAACUGUUGUACAAUGAUGGACGUUAUUGCCAGGAGCCUCUAGGACCAACGGAAGCUGUUGGCUAUUUUCUUUAUAACUUGAUUGACAGCAUGAGUGACUCAGAGGUACAGGCCAAGGAGGAACAUUUGAGACAAUACUUCCAUCAGCUGAAGAAGAUGAAUAUAACAAUUUCUCAAAAUAUCUACAGAGGCCUUCGUAAUCUACUGGAUAUCUAUCAUGUUCCUGAAUUGAUUAAGGAUGUUAAUAUGUUGGUUGAAAGAGAGAAGAUAGACUCUCGAAAAACUUUGCAACUUACAUCAUCUGAUUUGGAGUCUACACUUGAAAAACUGAAAGCUGAAAAUCAACCUAUAAGAGAUGUCCUAAAGCAACUCAUAUUAUUGCUGUGUUCAGAAGAGAAUAUGCAAAAAGCCCUUGAAAUGAAAACAAAAUAUGAGUCGGACAUGGUUGUCGGUGGCUAUGCAGCUUUAAUAAGUUUGUGCUGUCGACAUGAUAAUGCAGAGGAUGCAUUGAGCCUGAAACAAGAAUUUGACCAUUUAGAUUCAUCUGCUGUCCUUGACACCAGAAAAUACGUAGACCUCGUAAGAGUAUUGGGAAAGCAUGGCAAGCUCCAAGAUGCUGUUAACAUUCUAAAGGAGAUGAAAGAGAAGGAUGUUGUUAUCAAAGAUGCAACAGUCCUGUCCUUUUUCCACAUCCUCAAUGGUGCAGCUUUAAGAGGUGAAGUUGAAACAGUAAAACAGCUGCACGAAGCCAUCGUGACUCUAGGGUUAGCGAAACCAUCCACUACCAUAAGUUCCCCACUGGUCACUCUGUAUCUGGAAAAGGAUGACUUACCUACUGCUCUUGGAGCCUCCAUUGACUGCUAUGAAAAGUAUAAAAUACUACCAAGGAUUCAUGAUGUCUUAUGCAAGCUGAUAGAGAAAGGCGAGACUGAUCUAAUUCAGAAAGCGAUGGACUUUGUGAGCCAAGAACAAGGUGAAAUGACGAUGCUGUAUGAUCUGUUCUUUGCCUUCCUGCAAACAGGAAAUUACAAAGAGGCCAAGAAGAUCAUUGAGACUCCAGGCAUUAGAGCUCGCCCUGCAAGACUUCAGUGGUUUUGUGAUAGAUGUAUUGCAAGUAAUCAGGUUGAAACCCUGGAAAAAUUAGUGGAGCUGACACAGAAGCUGUUUGAAUGUGAUAGAGACCAGCUGUACUACAGUCUGUUAAAACUAUAUAAACUUAAUGGUGACUGGCAAAGAGCUGAUGUUGUCUGGAAUAAAAUACAGGAAGAAAAUAUUAUUCCUCGUGAUAAGACAUUAAGGUUAUUAGCGGAAAUCCUUAGAAACAACAAUCAGGAGGUUCCAUUUGAUGUGCCUGAGUUGUGGUAUGAGGAUACAGCACAUCCCCUGAAAUCUUCAUCACCCUCACCUGUAGAAACUCAUUUCGAGAAAGAUCUAUUGAAAGCCUGCCAAAGGAAGAAAAGUAAAGAUGCAUAUAAUAUUUUCCUGAAAGCACAAAACCAAAAUAUCGAGUUUAACAGUGAAACUUACAGCACUCUUACACGAUUACUGUUGUCAAUGGAUAGUUUUACACAAGCAAUGCAAGUGAAAAAUGUCGCUGAGACCCACAUCAAGGGCUUCACACUGAACGAUGCUGCCAACAGCCUCCUCAUCAUAACGCAAGUUAGGCGGGAUUAUUUGAAAGAGGCUUUAGCGGUGCUCAGAACGGCCUUGGAUCUGGAGCAGUUGCCUUCGAGGAUAGCAGUGACCCGCCUCAUUCAGGCGUUUGCCCUGAAGGGCGACGUAGAAAGCGUACAGACAAUUCAGAAGAUGGUGAAAGGUCUCGAGAAUUCAAUUGGACUUUCAAAUAUGGUUUUUAUCAAUAACAUUGCCUUGGCACAAAUAAAGAACAAUAACAUAGAUGUUGCAGUAGAAAACAUUGAAAGCAUGCUCACUUCGGGGGAUCCAGCCGUGGAGCCCCAGUACUUUGGCCUGGCGUACUUAUUCAGAAAAGUAAUAGAGGAGCGAUUGGAGCCAGCACUUGAAAAGAUAAGCAUCAUGACAGAGAGAUUGGCCAAUCAGUUUGCAGUUUACAAACCUGUCACUGAUCUUUUCCUUCAGCUUGUGGAUUCAGGCAAGGUGGAUGAUGCCAGAGCUCUCCUCCAGAGAUGCGGUGCCAUCGCAGAGCAAACCCCGAUUUUGUUGAUCUUCUGUGUUAGGAGUUCGCGGACACCAGGAAAGGCGCCAACUAUGAAAUCUUUGAUGGAACUGAUUCCUGAAUUAAUUGAAAAGGAAGAAGCAUAUGCUUCCAUCAUGAAAAGCUAUGCUCUGGACAACGAUGUUGCCUCUGCUAAAGCGCUGUAUGAACGUUUGACUGCAAAGAAUAUAAAAUUGCACGAUCUGUUUCUAAAGCGUUACGCAGUUUUGCUGAAGAGUGCCGGAGAGCCUGUCCCUUUCACUGAACCCCCGGAAAGCUUUGAAUUUUAUGUAAAGCAGCUGAAGGAGUCAAAGGAAAGCCCUUUGUGAAAUGUGCAGGCACUACUUUGUUUUAUGUGUAUUUGUGAUUCUGUGUCUAAAAUGUUAUUUUUUUAAGUGUUUUUGAGAGGAAAAAUAAAUAAAUGAAAAAUUAAUUUGCUUAUUUACUUUUAUUGAUUUGUAAUAUAUGAUAUGCUUGGCAUCUUAUUGACAAUAACUGUGUACACUUAAUCACUAGGCAUUUUUGUUUCUGGCUAUGACAUAAAUCUAUAGCAUUUUCUCUGAGGUUCCUGAUGUAUGGAGCCAUAAUUUUUCAGGAUUCUCCCAUUUGACACCUGAGUUCCUCUGGUCUGUUUCACUGAUUAUUUUAACAAAAAUAUUGUUCCUUUAUUAUAGACCUGCGUGUGAAUGUUGUUUAUCUGAAAAGUUUUGGACCGGAUAACGUGAGGGUCAGUGAGGUUUCUAAUGAAGGCUAAGCAGUCUAUGACGUAACACUUCCUUACAUGGAUAUAGCUCUGCACAAUUUCACGUUUCAAAAAAGGUUAGAGCUAAAAGGCAUCUUAAAACCCAAAAAAACCUGUUGCUGUGGAGUCGAUUCCGACACACAGUGACCCUAUAGGACAGAGUAGAACUGCUGCUGCAUAGGGUUUCUUUCCAAGGAGUACCUGGUGGAUUCGAACUGCUGACCUUUUGGUUAGCAGCUGUAGCACUUAACCACCAUGCCACCAGUGUUUCCAAAAAGGCAUCUUGGGAGUCCUCAAAUCCAGCCCUCUUCAUUUCGCAGUGAAAAGCACUUGGCUCCCGGGGUCAGGGUGCUGUUAGCAAAGCUCGGCGGCCCCUUAGCCCUCCUUCUGCCACCACAGGGGCGUCCAUGGCCUCUGUGUCAUAGACGCCUCUGAAACUGGGUCUCGGUCAUGACUGUCACCGUGACAUAGAGCAGGGGUGUCAGGUCUUUGUUGGCACAAGCUACACUCUACCCCAGGCUUGUUAUUUAUGUUCAUUCCCUGUGAGUGUAUGAUUUCGUAUAUGAAGAGGGGGAAAUCUUGGUUUGUAUUCAGUUUUAAUGAAUAAAAGUCAUUGACAAAAGUCAUCCCCAUAUUGGCUCUCAUACCUGUUAAUAUCUACAUUGUAAGUAGUUACUUAAAAAAAAAAAAAAUUACCUGCCAGUUUUUAAGAUAGGUAGUGAAGACAAUUUACCACCACAUAAGUGUCUUAAAAUAUGUAAUAUCGACCUACUGGGGGAUUAGGUCGUUAAUUAUCAAAACAAAGUUGAAAAUGUUUCAUUUGAGAAUUAGCCCCAUUUUGAGUAUUCCUUUUCCAUUAGAAGGCAGUGACUACCUACUUUUUUUUAUUUCAGUGACUUUGUUCCACCAUUUCUAUGUAGGGUGAGACCUUGCCUUCAGGGAGUAAGUGGGUAUUUUGCUGUUUUGGCUGUUAACUUUGUGGCCAGCCCCUCUGCACCCAGUGCCUGCAGAUGACGUGGGAGGGAGAGUUCAUACAGGGAAGCCAAGAAGUAAAUGUCAUUGUAGCAUCAGCCGUGGUUCCACUUCUGUUUUUUAUAGUUAGACCUGAAGAAUCACAGCCUCCGCAAAUGCCGAGCCCCGGCCUGGAGGACUGAAGUAAGCUGCCCCUUGUGCACUCCCCAGGUGUGGGACCUGUGCGUGGGACAGUUUUGAUAUUGUCUGAUUUACCGGGAGCCUCGCUCUUGUGCACCUGUCUUGAGUGAUCCCACUGUAGCAGGACUUAUUUAUUGCAGUUGUGUGAACCACGUGUUAGUUGAACUAAAUUUUUUUUUAAUGUUGAUAAAAUAGGUCUCUAAAAUGCGGCAUAAUCUUGGGUGUAAUCUGGACUUCCCAGUCAUCUUUUGGAGAAACAGUACAAUCUCAUUCGCAUGAAGGGACUCCAAGCCACUCUUGUGUAUUGACCCUGGUAAAAUGUGGGUGUAGUGCAGAAGAAACCAAUAAAAAUCCCUCAUCGAGCAUUCUAAAUAGCACGUUGGGGCUACUGAAUAUAUUACAGGUAUUAACAAAUACUUAGAAAGAUACCUGUAGCACUGUAUUGGCUUCGCCUUUUGCGUGUAAAUAUUUAAGUGUAAUAAUUGUAUAUUCUAGGUGGGAUUACGGAUGCUUUCUAAAUAAGCCAAAUUGAAAGAAAUAUAUAGUGUAACUAAAAUUAUGGCAGUACUCUAUAAUAUAUUUAAGACUCAAUUAUAAGUAAACAGCUAAUUCUAAAAAGUAAACAUUGUAGACUUUUAGAGCACAUGGUCUUUUGUAUGUAAUUGUACAUUCAUGUAUUUGAACCUGUUUUUGAUUUUAGUGUGAAAUGCUUUGAAUAAAAUAUUCCCUAAAUACCCAUGGGCUUCUUUGUUUUCAUCUUACCAAAUUUCUGCGUGAUUGUUUUAAGCCAUUCCAUGGACUUUAAAUUAAAAAUUGUACAGUGACCUACGUUGUGGCCAGAAUUUUUUUCUUAAAUGGCUUAC